CAGGGCCGGGCCCUGGCCUAAGAAUAGGACGGACGCUGCCCGGUGUCGUUUGGAGGCCCAGAAGUGGAGGUACUUCGUUCCGGACACCGGCUUCUUUCAGGGGCACGGACCUGCUGGAAAAGUGGACAAGUCCUGUUUUCAAGAGAAGAUGACGUUUAACAAUUGUGAAGGAUCUAAAACUUGUAUACCUGCAGACAUCAAUAAGGAUGAAGAAUUUGUAGAAGAAUUUAAUAGAUUAAAAACUUUUACUAAUUUUCCAAGCAAUAGUCCUGUGGCAGCAUCAACAUUAGCACGGGCAGGUUUUCUUUAUACUGGUGAAGGAGAUACUGUGCAGUGCUUUAGUUGUCAUGCAGCAGUAGAUAGAUGGCAGUAUGGAGACUCAGCAGUUGGAAGACAUAGGAAGGUAUCCCCAAAUUGCAGAUUUAUCAACGGCUUUUAUUUUGAAAGCAGUGCAGCACAAUCUUCAAAUCCUGGGGUCCAAAAUGGUCAGUACAAAGCUGAAAACUAUCUGGGAAGCAGAAAUCAUUUCACUCUAGACAGGCCUCCUGAAACUCAUGCAGACUAUCUUCUGAGAACUGGGCAGAUUGUAGAUAUUUCAGACACUAUAUACCCAAGGAACCCUUCCAUGUGUAGUGAAGAAGCCCGAUUAAAAUCAUUCCACAAUUGGCCAGACUAUGCUCACUUAACCCCCAGAGAGUUAGCUAGUGCUGGACUCUACUACACAGGUAUAGAUGACCAAGUGCAGUGUUUUUGUUGUGGUGGAAAACUGAAAAAUUGGGAACCCUGUGACCGUGCCUGGUCAGAGCACAGACGGCACUUUCCUAAUUGCUUCUUUGUUUUGGGCCGCAACGUUAAUGUUCGAAGUGAGCCUGAUGUAAGUUCUGAUAGAAAUUACCCCAAUUCAACACAUCUUCCAAGAAAUCCAGCCAUGGCCAAUUAUGAAGCACGGAUCAUUACUUUUGGAACGUGGAUAUACUCAGUUAACAAGGAGCAACUUGCAAGUGCUGGAUUUUAUGCUUUAGGUGAAGGUGAUAAAGUGAAGUGCUUUCACUGUGGCGGAGGGCUAACUGAUUGGAAGCCCAGUGAAGACCCUUGGGAACAACAUGCCAAGUGGUAUCCAGGCUGUAAAUAUUUAUUGGAAGAGAAGGGACAAGAAUAUAUAAACAAUAUUCAUUUAACCCAUUCAACUGAGGAGUCUCUGGUAAGAACUGCUGAAAAAACACCAUCACUAACUCAAAGAAUCGAUGAUACUAUCUUCCAGAAUCCUAUGGUACAGGAAGCUAUAAGAAUGGGAUUCAGUUUUAAGGAUAUUAAGAAAAUAAUGGAGGAAAAAAUUCAGACAUCUGGGAGCAACUAUAUAUCACUUGAAAUUCUGGUUGCAGAUCUAGUGAAUGCUCAGAAAGAUAAUACACAAGAUGAAUCAAGUCAGACGUCAUUGCAGAAAGAAAUUAGUACUGAAGAGCAGCUAAGGCGCCUGCAAGAAGAAAAACUUUGCAAAAUCUGUAUGGAUAGAAACAUUGCUGUAGUUUUUAUUCCUUGUGGACAUCUGGUCACUUGUAAACAAUGUGCUGAAGCAGUGGACAAAUGUCCCAUGUGCUACACAGUCAUUACUUUCAAGCAAAAAAUUUUUAUGUCUUAACCUAGCACCACAAUAGGCAUGUUAUGUUCUUCUUAAGACCCUGAUUGAAUAUGUGAUGUGAAUGAACAUUAAGUAAUCAGUAUUGAAUUCAAUUUGCAUUUGCUACCAAGUGAAAACAAAUGUAAAUACCAUUAUUUUAAUUGGCAGUCUAAGCAUUGAAUAUCUGGAUUUUCAGGUUAUUUAACUGUAUCAUAUAUCCAGUUAUUUUUUAUUUUUAUUCAAUUGAAGCCCUACAUUAAGAAGCAACUUAUUAUAGUUGAUCACAGUGUGUAUUUGUAGCACACUGGCUUAGUUUCUAUGAAUAAGUGAAUUGAUCAUUUGAAUUUUUCGUUCAUUUCAGAGAAGUUUAACAAGUGGAGCGUUCUGUGUGAAUGUUGAGAUUAGUGCUAAUCUCCUCAAUCACAUAAGUUGUUCUGUGUGAAAAUGGAAUGAACUAUUCCACAUGUAGAAAGACAGACAUUAUCUUUAGAUGUUUGUCUUUAUGUUUUAGGAUAACAUUUUCUUUUAAAAUUAUAAUCAUGUGUGUAAACAACUUGGGAGCAGUACUGUGGCUUGAACUCAGUGCUUUGUGUUUAACAGCAGGCAUUCGACCUCUUGAAUCAUGCCUUUAGCCCUUUUGCUUUAGUUGUUAUUUGUUUUUUGUUUUUGAGAUCUGUCUGGGCCACCUUGGACCACAAUCUUCCUAUUUAUACUUUCAGCUGUAGCUGGGAUGGUGGGCACAUAUUACCAUGCCCAGCUUUUUCUGUUGAGAUGGAAUCACACAAACUUUUUGGUACAACUGGAGCUAUGGUCCUCCCCAUCUCUGCCUUCAAUGUAGCUAGAAUACAGGUGUGAGCCACUGGCACCCAACCUGUGUAAAUAUUUUUCUUUUUUAAGAUUCUACCACAUCUAAAAGGAUGUUUAAUGAUUGACUACCACUUAGACAACAUAUACUAACAUGGAAAGAUAUAAAUGCAAUGGCAAAAUAAUAUGUAUAGUAUGAGCCAAAUCAAGGUGUCUGUGUAUUUUGUAUAUAGAACAAAAUAUUUGGAAAGAUUAUAUACUAAACUCUUAAAUGUGAUUUUUCUUCUUGGGGGGAGGGGAAGGGUUGGGUCCUAGGGGCUUACAGGAGUCCUUCACUUCCUUUUUAGUUUGUUUGAAUUUUUGUAAGUGUGUAUUGCUUUUGUAAUCAGAAUUUUUAGGAAGUAUUUUACUGAUUUAAAGGCUUAGGCAUGUUCAAACGCCUGCAAAACUACUUAUGGCUCAGUUUUAGUUUUUCAUAAUUCAGGAAGUCAGAGCACUUAACCUUUUUGGUGCCAAUGUGAAAUUCAAAUAUUUCUGUUUUCCCUGCUUUGUGGGUGAAAACUAUUUCUGAGUGGUAGUUUUCUAACAGGUAGACCAUGUCUUCUUAUCUUUUUUCAAAAUAAAUAUUCUGAUUUUGUAAGAUGAAAUAUAAAAUAUGUCUCAGAUCUUCCAAUUAAUUAGUAAGGAUUCAUCCUUAAUCCUUGCUAGUUUAAGCCUGCCUAAGUCACUUUACUAAAAUAUCUUUGUUAAUCCAGUAUUUUAAACAUUUGUCUGCUUAUGUAGGUAAAGUAGAAGCAUGUAUGAAUCCUGCUUGUAGUUACAGUGACAGCUUUCCUAGUUGAAAUUGUUGUAUCCUAAAGUUUUGUGUGAAUUUUUACUGUUAGUAUGGUUAAGAUGUAUAUAUGGAGAACAAGGUGUUGUCUUCACUUACAU